AUGGGCCGACUAAAAAUCCCUAAGCCAGUCCAGAUCUGGUUUCAGAACGAGAGGUCACGCCAGCUGAGGCAGCACCGGCGGGAAUCUCGGCCCUGGCCGGGGAGACGCGGCCCGCAAGAAGGCAGGCGAAAGCGGACCUCCGUCACCCCAUCCCAGACGGCCCUGCUGCUCCGAGCCUUUGAGAAGGAUCGCUUUCCCGGCAUCGCCACCAGGGAGGGACUGGCCAGAGAGACGGGCCUCCCGGAGUCCAGGAUUCACGUCUGGUUUCAGAACCGAAGGGCCAGGCACCCGGCACCGGGUGGCAGGGCGCCGGCGCACGCAGGCGGCCCCUGCAACUCGGCCCCCGGCGGGUGUCACCCUGCUCCCUGGUCGGUCGCCCCGGCAGGCGGGGAUGCUGCCUACGCCGCCCUGGCUCCUCCGGAAGGGGCGCUCUCCCACCCUCAGGCGCCUCGGUGGCCUCCGCACCCCCCGAGCAAAUGCCCGGGGGACCGCGACCCGCAGCGCGACGGCCUGCCGGGCCUGCCCGCUCAAGCUGGGCCACAGGGCCAAGGUGUGCUUGCGCCACCCCCGUCCCAGGGCAGUCCGUGGUGGGGCUGGGGCCAGGGGCCCCAGGUCGCCGGGGCCGCGUGGGAACCCCAAGCCGGGGCAGCUCCACCUCCCCAGCCCGCGGCCCCGCCCCCGGAGGGCUCCGCGCGGCAGGAGCAGAAGCGAGCCGUCCCGGCGCCCUCCCCACCGCCCCAGGAGCCCGGGCGCUCGUCCGCACUGCCCUCCGGCCUGCUGCUGGAUGAGCUCCUGGCGUGCCCAGAGUUUCUGCAGCAGGCGCACCCUUUCCUAGAAACCGAGGCCCCGGGGGAGCUGCAGGACUUGGAAGAGCCCGCCGGGCUGGAACCACCCCUCAGCGAGGAAGAAUACCGGGCCCUGCUGGAGGAGCUUUAGGACGCGGGCUGGGGACGGGGUCGGGGCAGGGCGGUGGCCUCUCUUUCGCGGGGAACCCCUGGCUGGGCACGGAGGGGCGUGUCUUCCCUCCGGGCUGACCCGCCUGGCAUUCCUGCCUUCUAGGUCUGGGCCCGGUGAGAGCCCCCGCACAGCGGAGAACUGCCAUUCUUUCCUGGGCGUCCCGGGGAUCCCGGAGCCGGAGCCGGCCCAGGUACCAGCAGGCCGAGCCCCGCAGCGGAGCGCCAGGCCCACCGCCCCGACCGCCGACCACAGAGGAGCCACACGCAGGACGACUGAAGCCUGAUUUCGGAUUCCACGUCGCUUGGCCCUCUGCAAGGGGGCCAGUUGCUCACGUCUCUCCGGCCCCCCCCCCCGAGGGGCUGACCGUGUUGACGGUUUGCUUCCGGAGCCCUGCGGGCACCCCGAAACAUCCAGGGAAGGGUGGAAGA